GGGUGCAAUGGAGGAUGGGAAGCCUGUGUGGGCGCCCCACCCAACCGACGGGUUCCAGCUGGGCAUGAUAGUGGAUAUCGGUGCGGAUGCCCUCACCAUAGAACCUCUCAAUCAGAGAGGAAAGACGUUCCUGGCCCCCAUCAAUCAAGUCUUUCCUGCUGAGGACGAUGUGAACAAACAUGUUGAAGACAACUGUUCUCUUAUGUAUUUAAAUGAGGCCACUCUUCUAAACAACAUCUGUGUCCGUUACAGCAAAGACUUGAUCUAUACGUCUGUGGCUAACAUCCUGAUUGCUGUGAACCCGUAUUUCGACAUCCCUAAACUCUACUCCCCAGAGACCAUUAAGAGCUAUCAGGGACGCUCUUUGGGGACACUUCCCCCUCAUGUCUAUGCUAUUGCGGAUAAAGCCUACAGAGACAUGAGGGUUCUGAAGAUGAGUCAGUCCAUCAUUGUGUCCGGUGAAUCAGGUGCUGGAAAAACAGAAAACACAAAGUUUGUUCUCAGGUAUUUAACCACAUCUUAUGGAACAUGUCAAGAUAUAGAUGAAAGGAUUGUUGAGGCCAACCCCUUGCUUGAAGCUUUUGGAAAUGCAAAGACUGUCAGGAACAACAACAGCAGCCGGUUUGGAAAGUUUGUGGAAAUUCACUUUAAUGAGAAGAAUGCAGUUGUGGGCGGAUUUGUCUCGCACUAUCUGCUGGAGAAGUCUCGGAUUUGCAUGCAGAGUGCAGAAGAGCGAAACUAUCAUAUAUUUUACAGACUUUGCGCAGGGGCAUCCGAGGACAUCAGGAACAUGCUUCAUCUCAACUCUCCGGAUAACUUCCGGUAUUUGAAUCGUGGCUGCACCCGAUACUUUGCAAACAAGGAUUCAGAUAAACAGAUCAUGCAAAACAGGAAAAGUCCUGAGGAUCAUAAGCACGGGAAGGUGGGUGCCCUGAAGGACCCUCUGCUGGAUGACCUGGGAGACUUCAACAGGAUGGUGGUGGCCAUGAAGAAAAUCGGCCUGGAUGACACAGAGAAGCUCAAUCUCUUCAGAGUGGUGUCUGGUGUCCUUCAUCUCGGCAAUAUCGACUUUGAGGAGACAGGAAGCACCUCUGGUGGCUGCAUUUUGAAGAACCAGACCAGUCAGACUCUUGAAUACUGUGCCGAACUCCUGGGCCUGGACCAGGACGACCUGAGAGUCAGCCUCACCACCAGGGUCAUGCUCACCACUGCAGGGGGCGCCAAAGGCACAGUCAUCAAGGUGCCUCUGAAGGUGGAACAGGCCAACAAUGCCCGCGAUGCCCUCGCCAAAGCCAUUUACAGCCGGCUCUUUGAUCAUGUGGUCAAACGGGUCAACCAGUGCUUCCCCUUUGAUACGUCCUCCAACUUCAUCGGCGUGCUGGACAUCGCCGGCUUUGAGUAUUUUGAGCACAACAGCUUCGAGCAGUUCUGCAUCAACUAUUGUAACGAAAAGCUGCAGCAGUUUUUUAAUGAACGCAUACUGAAAGAGGAGCAAGAGCUGUAUCAGAAAGAAGGCCUGGGAGUGAAUGAAGUUCAUUAUGUUGAUAAUCAGGACUGCAUAGAUCUGGUUGAGGCAAAGCUGGUGGGUAUCUUGGAUAUUCUGGAUGAGGAGAACCGUCUUCCCCAGCCCAGUGAUCAGCACUUUGCAGAGACGGUUCACAGCAAGCACAAAGAUCACUUCCGUCUCACUGUGCCCAGGAAGUCAAAGCUUACAAUCCACCGGAAUUUGAGAGAUGAUGAAGGCUUCAUCAUAAGACAUUUUGCUGGCGCCGUGUGCUAUGAGACUACCCAGUUUGUAGAGAAGAAUAAUGACGCCCUCCACAUGUCUUUGGAGAGCCUGGUGUGCGAGUCGAAGGACAAGUUUGUCCGGGAUCUCUUUGAGAACAACUCCAAUUCCAAGGACUCAAAGCAGAAGGCUGGCAAACUCAGCUUUAUCAGUGUGGGAAACAAAUUCAAGACCCAACUGAACCUUCUACUGGAAAAGCUACGCAGUACAGGCUCUAGUUUUAUCCGUUGUGUCAAGCCUAAUCUGAAGAUGGUGAGCCACCAGUUUGAAGGAGCUCAGAUUCUUUCUCAGCUUCAGUGCUCGGGCAUGGUAUCAGUGCUGGACCUGAUGCAGGGUGGCUUCCCCUCCCGAGCUCCGUUUCACGAGCUUUACAACAUGUACAAGCAGUACAUGCCCAACAAGCUCACAAGGCUUGAUCCUCGACUCUUUUGCAAAGCUCUGUUUAAAGCACUUGGCCUCAACGAGAACGAUUACAAGUUUGGCUUGACCAGGGUUUUCUUUCGCCCCGGGAAGUUUGCAGAGUUUGACCAGAUCAUGAAGUCCGAUCCGGAGCACCUGGCCGAGCUUGUAAAACAGGUCAAUAAGUGGCUGGUGUGCAGCCGCUGGAAAAAGGUCCAGUGGUGCACACUGUCAGUUAUUAAAUUGAGGAACAAAAUGAGCUUCAGGGCCAGUGCCUGCAUCAAGAUUCAGAAGACUGUUCGCAUGUGGCUAUGCAAAAGAAGACACAAGCCUCGCAUUGAUGGCAUGGUGAAGGUGAAAAAUUUGAGGAAGAGGAUGGAGAAAUUCAAUGAAGCUGUGAUUGGACUCAAAGAGGGAAAACAAGAAGUGAGCAAACAGGUUGAGGAACUGGCCGCCUCCACCGACGCCCUCAUGACCAAAAUCAAGUCUACGGUGAUGAGCCGCAAGGAGAUCGAGCUGGAGUAUGAGGGCCUGGUGAAACGCUCGGAGCAGCUCCUCUCCUCAAUGCAGAAGAAGAAGCAAGAGCAGGAGGAGACGGAGCGACUCAAGCGCAUCCAGGAGGAGAUGGAGAGAGAGCGGAAGAGGAGCGAAGAAGAGGAGCAGUUGCGCAAACAGGAGGAAGACGACCGCCGCAUGAAAGCCGAGAUGGAGCAGAAGAGGAAACAGGAGGAAGAGGAGAGGAAGAAAAGAGAAGAGGAAGAGCGUGUCAUGCAGGCUGAACUUGAGAUGCAGCUGGCAUUGGAGCGAGAGGAAGAGACUCAGAGACAGACCAUGUUUGAGCAGGAGAGGAGGGACAGAGAGUUGGCCAUGAGGAUCGCUCAGAGCGAGGCAGAACUCAUCCAGGAUGAAGCUCAAAUGGACCCCAGCUUGCGCAGUGAUGGUUGCACAGGUGUUUGGUUCUUCACAGAGAUGGGUGCGCAGGUGCAGGCCAACAAGGUGGCAGCCGGGGUGAAGAAGUACGACCUGAGCAAGUGGAAGUACGCUGAGCUGCGAGACGCCAUCAACACCUCCUGUGAUAUAGAGUUGCUGGCGGCGUGCCGAGAAGAAUUUCAUCGUCGUCUGAAGGUGUACCAUGCCUGGAAAUCAAAGAACAAGAAGCAAAAUACAGACACCGAGAUGAGGGCUCCCAAAUCGGUCACUGACUAUGCCCAACAGAACCCCGCUCCACCCGUCCCAGCCCGGCAGCAAGAGAUCGCAAUGAACCGACAGCAACGUUACUUCCGCAUUCCCUUCAUACGACCCGCGGACCAGUACAAAGACCCCCAGAACAAGAAAAAAGGCUGGUGGUACGCUCACUUUGAUGGGCCCUGGAUCGCCAGGCAGAUGGAGCUUCAUCCAGACAAGCAGCCGAUCCUCUUGGUAGCAGGUAAGGACGACAUGGAAAUGUGCGAGCUGAGUCUGGAGGAGACCGGGCUAACGCGAAAACGUGGAGCGGAGAUCCUCCCGCGCCAGUUUGAGGAGAUCUGGGAGCGCUGUGGCGGAAUCCAGUACCUGAGGAACGCCAUCGAAAGCAAGCAGGCCCGACCCACCUACGCGACCGCCAUGCUCCAGAACCUUCUCAAGUGAACACCGACCGUUUCUCCUCUUGGUUUACGUUAUCUAAGCACGUGUAGAUGUAGACAGUAAAGUGGUGUAGCUAAAACAAAAGGCUGUACAACUCUAGUGGAAGCAAAUGCUGUCUAAUUGACUUUUUGUUUGUAGUUUGUUCUUCAUUUUGCUGUGAACUUAGAAAUCUGAACUUAGAAAUCUUCAUACAAAUCUGAGCCUUGCUUGAACCUGUUGCUCAGAGAUGCCUUAAGAUUUUCAGACAUAAUUCAUAAUUCAAAGAGAUGUUAUUGAAAUAUCACACCCAUGUAAACCUGCUCAUAAAUCUAAAAUACACUAGGUGUAAUCUUUAUAAAAGGACAUUUCAGUGUGUAGUGAUAGACAGUUCUUUAAAACUACACAACAUAGUAUCAUAAUCAUUGUAUCAAUAUCAUAGUAUCACAACAAUAAACACAACACUCAUGCCUUUGUACUCUUUCAGUCGCUUUAUUGGUAAGGUGAUGCGUGUCAUUUGUUGCAUGUUAAAAUACAAUAACCAAAAGGCAUUCCCCUAAAAAUGGCAUUUUAAAAUUGCUUUUGACCAAUGGCAUGGGUUUAGGGGCGGGACUAUCUGUUCAUUUGACAAAUAGCAACUGGAGGCAGUGUUCAUGCCUUUUUUCGCAGUUCCAUUAGCUAGUGCCGCAGAAAUGACACACUUCAACUUUUAAAAUAAAAUUCUCAUAAGACUUAAAUGGUCAUUAUUGUGGAGAAACAUUUAAUAUUUUAAUACACUGAAUAACUAUUCAAAGUAUCUUUAAUCUAAUCAGAUGAUGGUGGUAAAGGUUAAUGAGAAACAUGCACUGGAAUAUCAUUAGGUUGUAAAUGUGGUAAUAAUGGCAGUGUUGUUCCAAAACAUACACCAUCUGAAAGUGCCUUUACAUAUAUUUGAUAAUGAAUUUUAUAGAUGCACUUAAAAGCAGCUUCAGUUCAUUAAAAGGGGAUAGUCACUGCUGUCGUGCAUGGUUUUGCGCAGCAAUUUUGUACUUAAAUCAUGGUGAUAUGCUAAAGGGCAUAUUCAUUUCUGUUCAGUGAAGUGAUAAUGGCACCUUUAAUGAUUUGCUGUGAAUUUUCUCGGCGUGUGUGGUAGAUUUCUCUCAUUUUUACAUUUAUGUACCAACUCAAGGAAAUAAUUAGUUUAAAUGAGCUUGUACUCUGGAAUGUCUCGUUAUGCACUCCUCUGACCCUUUCCUAUCUCUCAUUUGCCCGAAGAACGGAAGCAAUGGAAACAGCAAUGACAUUCUAAACAUUCUGCAAACUUGGUACAGACCAAAUUGCUGCAUUUGAUCAAUUUGCUGUCAUUAUCCAGACUUUGUUUAUUCAUAUGCUAAUGUUUUUCUCCAUUGAGCCCUUUCCAAAUAAAAACGUGUCAUCUCAAACUGUCUGUUUAUCCAUAUUAUAAUUGUUAAUGAUUUGUUUCUUGACUGUCGUUUAUCUUUGAUGUGUCUGGGUUAAAUAUACUCUGAUUUUCUUAUUUUUGACUGGGCACUGUUACUCUGAUCACUUUGCUAGACCAAAAUACAGGUGCAUCUCAAUA